AAAACUCUCGAGACUUUAUAGCAGCCGCGAGUGAUCGUGCACCAACGAACACGAACGAUAACCCAAUCUGCUCUUCUUCUUCCUUGUCUCACUCGCGGAUUCGCAGCCUACACAAUGUCGGAUACUGUAGAGAAAGUCCCCACCGCUGAAGCAUCUUCAUCCUCAGUAGAAGCAUCAAUCACCGGCGAGAACACAGAGCCCACUACAACAACAACGGAGAAGACAAAGUGGGGCGACGUUGAGGAUGACGACGAAGAGGAAUCAGACGCAGUCUCAGAGCUCAAAUAUUUAAGUAUCAAGGAACCUGAAUCUAUCCUUGACGAACCCGAAGACUCAAACAUCAAAGCGGUUACUUCAGGUGACACACCGUAUACAUCAGCGAGUAGGUUUGAAGAUUUGAACUUGUCACCUGAGUUGAUGAAAGGCUUGUACGUUGAGAUGAAGUUCGAGAAACCCAGCAAGAUCCAAGCCAUCAGUUUGCCCAUGAUCAUCACACCGCCUCACAAGCACCUCAUUGCUCAGGCGCAUAACGGAUCUGGCAAGACCACCUGUUUCGUUCUUGGGAUGUUGAGUCGUGUUGACCCCAGUCUGAGACAGCCUCAAGCCCUUUGUAUUUGUCCCACCAGAGAAUUAGCAAACCAGAAUAUGGAAGUUCUUCAGAAGAUGGGGAAGUUUACUGGGAUCACUGCUGAAGUUGCGGUUCCGGAGUCGAAUCAAGGCGUAACGACUGCAAGAAGAGCACCUGUGUCUGCUCAAGUUGUGAUUGGCACCCCUGGGACACUUAAAAAGUGGAUGGCCUUCAAGAAACUUGGUCUAAAUCAUUUGAAGAUUUUGGUUUUUGAUGAGGCUGACCAUAUGCUUGCUACGGAUGGCUUUAGGGAUGAUUCCUUGAGGAUAAUGAAAGACAUUGAGAGAGUUAAUCCCAAUUAUCAGGUUCUCCUGUUCUCAGCAACUUUUAAUGAAACUGUCAAAGAUUUUGUUCAGAGGACAGUCAAGAGUCCCAACCAACUCUUUGUAAAAAGGGAGGAUCUGGCUUUAGACUCUGUGAAACAGUACAAAGUGGUUUGCCCAAAGGAGCAAGACAAGAUCGAAGUCAUCAAGGAUCAGAUCAUGGAGCUCGGGGAUAUUGGGCAGACCAUAAUAUUCGUGAAAACGAAGGUAUCAGCAAGCAAAGUGCACAAAGCUCUUGCGGAAAUGGGGUAUGACGUCACCAGUGUUCACGGUAGUAUGAGUCAAGAGGACAGGGAUAAGAUAGUGAAGGAGUUCAAAGACUGCCUUACUCAAGUCCUCAUUGCAACUGAUGUCCUUGCUAGAGGUUUUGACCAACAACGGGUGAAUUUGGUUGUGAAUUAUAACAUGCCUACUAAAUAUGAAACCGGGGAGCCAGAUUAUGAAGUCUACCUUCACAGAGUUGGACGAGCUGGCCGGUUUGGUCGUAAAGGGGCUGUGUUCAACCUCCUCCUCGACAAUGGGAACGAUAAAGAGGUGAUGGAGAAGAUAGAGCGCUACUUUGGAGCGCAAGUUAAGGAGAUCAAGUCUUGGAACUCAGAGGAAGAGUACAAGAGUGCACUCAAGGAAGCUGGCCUGCUUGAUGAGUGAAAAAAACUCACCGAUGAAGAAGACAAUUUGUUUAAAAAACGUGAAAACUUUUGUUUUUUUUGUUUCCUGAGAUUGUUGUAAUUUAUUA